AUUGAUGUCUAUGAGUGCUUCAUUGAAGAAGUGCCGGUUAUGAGAAGAUGUACCGAUAACUGGGUUAAUGCCACUCAAAUAUUGAAAGCAGCUAAGUUUCCAAAGGCUCAUAGAACAAGAAUUUUAGAAAAAGAAGUGCAAAAGGGCGUCCAUGAAAAGAUUCAAGGUGGUUAUGGUCGUUUUCAAGGGACAUGGAUUCCACUAGAAGUUGCGCGUCCUUUGGCUCACAAGUACAAUAUUACUGAUCAAAUGGCACCAAUUCUGUCUUAUGUCCCAGAUCCAAAUAACCCACUAAAGAGAAGAGCUAAACCUGUGAAAGCUACUCCAAUGCCAAGUGUGAAUACUGGAUACCCUCAACAAAACAUACCGCAUCAACCUGUGAUCCAACAACCACAAUUCUAUCCUCAGCAACAGCAACAACAAGGAUUUCAACAACAUAGAUCUAAUGGAUCAGCUGGACAACAUGAAAAUUGGUCUCAAGAUGAUGGAUCAUUAUCAACUCAAAUGGAUGAAGUCAUGAGAGAUUCAGACACUUCAAUUUCUUCAGGUCAUUCAUCUCCUAAUGAUACCACCAGUGAAAUGAAGAACCAUAAAGCAAUUUACACGGAAAGUUUGAUUGAUUUCUUUAGUAACGAAUCAGAUGAAGUUCCUCAAGUUUUGCAUCAUCCACCUAGUGAUUUUGAUUUCAAUGAACCAAUUGACGAAGAAGGUCAUACUCCAUUACACUGGGCAAGUGCUAUGGCUAAUGUUCCAUUAAUUGAAUUACUAUUAAAACAUGGUUCUGAUCCUUUAACUCCAAAUGUAUCUGGCUUGAAUUGUGUUUCUCGUUCCAUUUUUUUCAACAAUUCUUUCCAAAAAAAUAAUUUUAACAAGUUGGUUGAUUUGAUGAAGAAUUGUUUAUAUACACCUGAUAAAAGUGGACGUACACCAAUGCAUUAUAUUUGUGAAUCAAUAAAGACAAAAUAUGAUACUUCAAAAUAUUAUAUGGAAAUAAUAUUGAAUAAAUUAGCACAAGGGAAUGAAAAUUUGUUGAGAAUUGUGGUGAAUCAUCAUGAUAUCAAAGGUAAUACAGCUUUAGAACUAGCUCAAUUCUCUGGUAAUUUGGAAUUGGUGAAUCUGCUCAAGAGAUUUGGUGCGAAAGAAACGGAACCAAGUGAGAAGAAAAAAACUAUAACAAGUCCAAUUAAAGAGGAAUCUGCUGAAAUCCCACCUAUUCCAAGCUUACCAUUACAGGAAGUGGGACCAAUUUUCACCUCUAUGUUGAGUUCAUUAGCUGAUGCUUAUGAUUAUGAGCUGAAAAAUAAAGAAGAAGAAAGUGAACAUACAAAGACAGUUUUGGAAGAUUUGGAAUUAGAUAUCAGAACAACCGAUGAACAAAAUAGAAUUGUGCUGGAUCAGAUUGAUAAUGGGUCAUCAUUAAAUGAAUUGUUACAAAAUAUUAGCAACUUGGAAAAAGACUCAGAACGUAAGACUCAACAUUUGAAUAAAGUUAUAGAGAGAAGUCAAGCUUUAAGUUUAGCAAAAUUGGUUCAUAAAGAGGAAUCAUCCAUUAAUUUGAUCAAUGAUAAUGCCAAUGAGUUUGAGCUGGCUCUUGAGCUAACAAGGCUACAGUUCAACAGAAGAAAGAUAGUUGAAAACAUUUUGACAGAGUUGACAGAACAAAGUAUCAACAAAAAAAUGAACAAUUAUAGAAGAUUGAUUUCAAUCUCUUGCGAUUUGAAAUUUGAGAACAUUGAUGAAUUGGUUGAUGAGAUAGAAGCUGACCUAUCUUCCACGGCGUAA